CUUUAACUUACUCGGAGCUGCCAUGUGGUGGUCGUAUAAGUGAACUUAUCUUGUUUCAGUAUUAUUUACAUCCAAUAAUGACUGUUCACUAGGGUUUCUAAAUAUGUCUGGCAAAUAUUCCAUGUAUUUUUAAAUUAAAAUAUUAAGUAAUAAUUUUAGAUCAAUCAUGCCACACUGCAUGUUUGCAAAAACAUCGAAUAAAUGUCUCACAAAUACAAAUUUGGUGUAUGUGUUUUUCACUUUGACUCAGAGCUGGCGUCUGCUGGUCAUACAAGUGAGUUGAAUCAUGUAGUUUGACAUUUCGCCACAAGACGGCGUAAAAAUGAGAAGAUCAAGCGGUGGAUGUGCUGAAACCAAUUCUCCAUGUGACCCAAAUUAUCCACACAAAAAAGGGAAUAAUUAUUAGUCUGUGCCGGAAGCACGUUGCAUGACGUAAGCGUUCUUCUGUCCAAUCGGAACGCGUCUCCGUGACAGCGUCACCCAAACAGCAUGGCGGCGUCCGUACAGCGUUUCGGCGCAGCAGGGAGACACUUUAUAAAGAAUUUAUUGAACACAAGAACCUUUAACAGGACCAGAUCGACUCAGGCUGUCAGUCAGGUGGAUUUAAAUGUACCUGAGACGAAGGUCACGACCCUUGAUAACGGGCUCAGGGUGGCAUCUGAAGACUCUGGUCUGACCACAUGCACGGUUGGUCUGUGGAUUGAUGCUGGAAGCCGAUAUGAAAAUGAGCACAAUAAUGGUACAGCCCACUUCCUGGAGCACAUGGCAUUCAAGGGCACCAGGAAGAGGUCGCAGCUGGACCUGGAGCUGGAGAUCGAGAACAUGGGAGCUCACCUGAACGCGUACACCUCCAGAGAGCAGACGGUGUACUACGCUAAAGCUUUCUCCAAAGAUCUGCCCAGAGCGGUGGAAAUCCUGGCAGACAUCAUUCAGAACAGCACGCUGGGAGAGGCCGAGAUCGAGCGCGAGCGUGGCGUCAUUCUCCGAGAGAUGCAGGAAGUGGAGACCAACCUGCAGGAAGUGGUCUUCGAUUACCUGCACGCUACAGCCUAUCAGGAAACACCUCUCGGGAGAACCAUCCUGGGGCCUACGGAGAACAUCAAAACUAUAAAUCGAGGGGAUCUGGUGGAAUACAUCACAACACACUACAAGGGCCCGAGGAUUGUAUUAGCUGCAGCCGGAGGAGUGUCACAUAAUGAGCUCAUCGAUUUGGCUAAAUAUCAUUUUGGAAAGCUGCCGGCUAGAUACAGCGGAGAGACUUUACUGCCCUGCCAUUUCACCGGCAGUGAGAUCCGUGUGCGAGAUGAUAAGAUGCCUCUGGCUCAUAUAGCCAUCGCCAUGGAGGCUGUCGGCUGGUCGCAUCCAGACACUAUCCCGCUCAUGGUGGCCAACACGCUCAUCGGGAACUGGGAUCGCUCGCUCGGCGGCGGGAUGAACUUGUCCGGUAAGCUGGCCCAGAUGGCGUGUCAGGGGAACCUGUGCCACAGCUUCCAGUCCUUCAACACCUGCUACACCGACACGGGCCUGUGGGGGCUUUACAUGGUGUGCGAACCGGGAACCGUCAGCGACAUGAUGCGCUUCACGCAGCUGGAAUGGAUGUCUCUGUGUACGAGCGUGACUGAAAGCGAGGUGAACCGAGCCAAAAACCUGCUGAAGACAAACAUGCUGCUUCACCUGGACGGAUCCACUCCCAUCUGUGAGGACAUCGGCCGGCAGAUGCUGUGUUACAGCCGCAGGAUUCCUCUGCACGAGCUGGAGGCCAGAAUAGAUGCCAUAGACGCCACAACCAUCAAAGACGUGUGUAUGAAAUACAUCUAUAAUAAAGCUCCUGCUAUAGCAGCUGUUGGUCCGAUCGAGCAGCUCCCGGACUAUAACCGCAUCCGCAGCGGCAUGCAUUGGUUUCGGCCGUGAGGAAGUGAAGCAGUACAGCGUCUGCGCAUUAACAGUCACAAACAAGAGAAUUUAGGAUGUGCUUUUUU